CCGAGUCAGCGGCACCAGUUGGGAGUCCGACCGCGCUGGACGAGGCUAAUAACCACGACUCAUCCCUGGAUAUUCCUUCCUUCCAGCGGCUAACGCGUGGAUCUCGUCUCGGGACAGGGGGUUGAAGAUGGGGGCAAUAAGCUCAGCGCAGCGGGACAGCAAACAGGACGGAGACACGGUCACCGAACCCAGCGCGGGACAGGACGAAGCUCAGGAAAGCGGAGCGGAGGAUAAGCUGCUACAGAAGAAUGGACAGAUCUCAAGCCUGAAUGAGAAGACAGAGAGCGAGGCUGAUGAGUCAAAAGGCCCCCACGAGGAGAGGGUCCUUGCAGAAGUUGGUUCUGGAUAUGUAACACUGAAAGAAGAUGACACUGAGACCACUGAAGAUCUUCAAGAGGGAGAUACCUCUCAAGAAAACACUGAGGAGUUGGCCAAAGAGAUGGUUAAUGCAGAUGGUGUGGCAGUAAAAGAGGACGAAAUUGAUGACAAACAAAAUGACAUUGAAGUUGGCUUCAAAAAAAUCUUUAGAUUUGUUGGAUUUAAGUUCACUCUGAAAAAAGAUAAGUGUGACAAAAGUGAUACAGAGGAACCACUCACAAAUGAGCAGGAGAAAAAAGCUGCAACCUGCUCAGAGGAUUCUAGGGACACCACAGAAGACAGUCCUGUCAGCACAAAUGAGCAGGAAGAGAUGCAAAAGGACAUAACAGGGGAUGAUGGACAAAAUGAGUCCAAGGAAAGUAACACAACUCCUGAGACAGACAAUGAAACAGCAGUGAGUCAAAUCUCAGAGAUUACAGAAAACAAUGAGAAAAUCACUCCUGAUGAAGAAAAGACUGAGGAAGUUACAGAAAGCCCUGAGCCUGAGGAACCCAUGUCACCAAUUAAGCGAUUCUUCACACAGGGAAUUUUUGCUAGCUUAAGGAAGAAGAGAAGGGAUGAAGCACCAAAAGAGAAUAAAGAGGAGGAACUCAAGAGAACUGACAAAGAGGAGGGUGAAAAAUUGGGUGAAGCUGCACCAGAAGACAGUACAUGCGUAUGCCUUGACAUCUCUAACAUUACACCUGAAGAAGGUAGAGAUUUGAGCAAGCCUUCACCUGAGAGAGAACUAAUGAAUUCUCAAGAACAAGAAAAAGUACCAGCAAGUCCACUCAUAAGGCUUUUUAGGAAACUUUCCACAAGAAGACAGAGAGAAACAAAACCUACUGAAACAAAGCCUACUGAAACAAACGUAAUUGAGCCUGGGGAAAAUCUAAAUGAAAAGCUUCAUUCCUCCACAGAAUUAAUCAAGGUUACGAAAGAGGAAGAAGAAGCAAAGAUGGAAGAACCAAAGUCUGCAGGGGAGGAUCAGAUCACAGAUAUUAGCCCUGAAGAGUCAAAAAAGAAGUCAGAUUCCACUGUUUCCUGGGAAUCUCUGAUAUGUAUUGGGUCUAACAAGAGAAGGGCCAGAAAAACAUCUGACUCUGAAGAUGCAACGCAAGAUAGAGGUGAAGAGCCCAAAAAAACAACUGAAUCACCACUUGGAAGCUCAACUGAAGGUGAUUAUGAACAUCUUACAUCCUCCAACGAACAAACAGGGAGCCCUGCAGAGGAAGAAGGUGGAUCUACAUGGAAAUCUCUUAAAAAACUAGUUACCCCGAAAAGGAAGGGCAGAAUGGAAGAAAGUGGUUCAUCUGAGCAGAUACCUUCAGACACUGAGAUUACCAAAGAUGAAUCUUCAUGUUCUAUAACGAAACUUAUUCCAGGGCGUAAAAAGAGGAAGUUUGAUGAUCGGCAAGAACAAACAUCUGAUGAGGCAGGCAAGGAUGCUGGGACAGACAAUGAAGAUGAUGAAACACCAGCGGUUGUUCCACUAUCUGAAUAUGAAAUAAUUGAACCUGAGAGUUUGAAAGAAACAAGAGAAGAAACAGAACUAGAGAAGAGGGUGCAACCCACGAUUGAAGAGGACAAACCUAAAGAAACAAGUCCUUCAGUGAAAUCUUCAUAUGACGUGAAGCCAUCAGUUGUGCCCAUUUCCUCUGAUUAUAUUGAGGAUUUGACAGAGUUCAUAAGCAAACAUCAGCAACUCAGUGACAUUCCAGAGGAAGGAAUUAUUGAGGAAAGUGUUGCAACACCAGUAUCCUCUGCAGAGUGGACAACUCAAGAUGACACAUUAGCUGAAGACUUUGUAGAGCUGACAGCUGAUGCAGUCACUGCCCCUGAGCCUGGAACUGAGCAAUUUAAUGGGGAUGAAACUACUGAGAUGGUAUCAGCGGUCUCCCAGCUAACAGAAUCUCCUAAAACAUCUGGAAAUGUGACACCAGUACCACUUGAGUAUGAUAUGAGAGAAGCAGACGUGAUCAUUCAGGAAGUUGUCGAAACCAUUUGCAUGACUCCAAGUGUUAUGUCAAUCACUUCAAAAGACAAAGACCCAGAGACUCUAGCUGUGUCUGUUUCUCCACAUAUUGUAGAGUCAACUGUAACAGCUGAAACUAAAAUUUUAGUCGCCCAUGAGAAAGCAGAAGCUACAUCCAUCUGUACAGGCCUUGUUUCUCAGGAAAUUGGAGAUGUUGAAGAGGUUUCUCCUUUAGCCUUAGUUGAGGGAAUAUCUGAGUCCAUGGAAGCUGUAUCAACAGAACUCGUCUCUGAGGACUUAACAGAAGGACACGAGUUAGCAGGACCUGCAACAGAUGAUGUCUGUGCAGCUGAGGUCAAAGAAAUAAAAACUGAGUUGCUUGAAGCAUUUUUACCAGACAAGCAUUACCCACCUCUUGUUGAAACUGAAAAAGAGAUGGAAGACAUAUUUCAAUUACAUGCAGAUUUGAUGGAGGAAAGCAGAAAGGGUGAAGUUUCUACAGUGGAACAGGAAGAAGAAGUGAAACAUGAUACAACAGAAGCAAUAAAUGGAAAUCAAGAACUUGCAUCAGUUCAGAUGGCAAUUAUCAGUGCAGUACAAGGUGAAACUCUGCUUCUUGAGGAGCAGGUUACUGCAAAGAAUACAAGUGAGGUUCCUGAGACAGAGGGUCCCCUGGAUAUGGCAUUAAAGGAAAUGGAACCAGUGCAUGAAGAGCCAGCAGUCUACGCCAAAGAAACUGCUGAAGUUGAAAAAGAACAAAGUGUUCCACAUGUUGAAUUAUCAACUACUGAUAUUGAACAGGUCACUCUAGCUGAAGUAGUUGAGUCAGUAGCACAAAAUGUCAUAGUCGCAGUACCAGACAGUUCUAUAAACAAAGCCUCAGAAAUCACAGAGGAUGUUGUUCAAGUCACUGUAGUUGAAGUAGCUGAGACUCUAACACAAAAUGUUGUAGUCUCAGAGCCAGUGACAACUCUGGAUGAAGCCUCAGAAAUUACAGAAGGAACGGUUGAGGUUUUUGCAUCAACUGUAGAAUCUCUGGAGACCACAGAGGCAAUUAGUAUAGUAAGCCCAGUCUCCAGUUCUAUCAAAGUUGUGGACGUGGAAUUGGAAGAUGAGGUUCAAAUGAAAAAUGUUCCUUCACUAUGUUUUGUGGAUAAUCAUGAAAUACAAGUGGAAGUGAAAGACACUGAGUUAGGAACGGCAAAGACAGCUGUUGAGACGGUACUUGAUGUUGCCACUGCAGUAAAUGUGGCAGAUAUCUAUGAUAAAGUAGAGGAAAUCAGAGAAGGAGUAACAGCACAACAGAUUGAACCUAUAACUGCAGAAGGGAAUGGUGAAAUUUUUGCAGAUGAGACUGUUCAUGACAUUAAAGUGGAAAUUGAACCACCAUGGAAGGAAAAUGAGCUGAACCUAGCAGUCGAACAAGAUUCUCUUUCAUCAGUUACUAAUGAUGAAACUAGUGCAGUGGAAGAGCCACAAGAUGUACCAGAAGUUAAAGUGGACCUCGAAAAAGAACAUCCAGAAUCAGACGUAACUUCUGUAGAAGAUCACAAAACAAAGCAAAGCACAGAGGAUGAAGUAUACACAGUAACUCCUAAUGAAGCUGAAAAGCAGGUAGAAAAUAUACAAGCACCUGUCAUCUUUGAGCAAACAGGUCUCCAAGAGGAAUCUGCAAAGGAGGGAUGCCAACCAUUAAUAAUGGACAGUACCGAAGGAACACAACCAGAUAAUCAAAAAACUGAACUGAAUUUAGAUGCAGCAUCUAAAGAAGCAGCUCCAGAGUCUGUAGAAGAAGCAACAAUGACAGAGACUAAAAGAACACAUAUGGUUGAUGAAGCUGUUACUUCUGGCACACCUUCAGAGGAUGGACACACACAAAGAGAAGCAAUGUCUGAAAUUACUUCUGAAAUUGCUAAAGAAUCUCAAGAAAUUAUAGAGGCAGCUGCACCAUCUCUAAAAUUAACACAGCCUGAAAUUAACACAGACCAACAACAAACGGAAAUAAAUACAUCAAAACAAGAAGCGAGUCAAGAAACUGAAUCAAGUGUCCAGAUUUGCACAGAAGACAAACAAGUAGCUCAGGAUAUUGUGGAAGUGACUAAAACAAUAUCAGAGGUAGCUAUCGUGUAUGUUGAGGAAACAAAACAACAGAUAAUUUCAUCUACUCAUGAGGGGUCUAAUGAAAUUGAACAAAUAUGUGAAGUAGAGAAAGGUACUAUAGCUAAACCUGAAGGACAGGGGACUGAAAUAUCUGAGGAACCAGUGGCAACGGAGCAGCAUGAAGAAGCAACAUCAGGCGAAGACAAAGUAGCAGUGACUACAAUAGAGGCUGUGAAAGUUGAAGCUCCACUGAUAGUUAAACAGGAACCAGAGGCUUUGGUCACACCAGCAAUGGAAGUGAGUGAGCCUGCCGUUAUGGUAACAAAAGAUAUGCAAGAAUCCAGUGAAGAUGUAAGGGACCAGAAGGCAGACACUCCGUGUGUAAGCAUCCAGGAACUGGUAAGUGCACUGGAGGUCGAAAAAGCAGCGGCCUCUGAAAUGGACACAGAAACUCCGUCUGUUAUGGAACAGAAAGAGGAACCACCCACAACCUUUUCUGAAGCAGAGACAGCAGUAUCAGUUGAGCUGGUAACAGAACCACCAGUGGUCACUGAAAAUCAAACUGAGACACCAGCAGUCACACAACCUGAAGUGCAAACACAAGUAAUGAACGAACUCAAAGCAGAGGCACUGGAGGUGACAGUACCAAAGGUAGAAACACAUGUAGUAACAGAGGUUAAACUAGAAACAGCAGUAGUAACAGAGCUUGAAGUACAGACACCAGUAGUGACAUCAGUGGUAAAAGAACUUGAAGUAGAAACACCAGUGGUAUCAUCUGUAGCAAAGAAUACUGAUGCAAAAACCACUGAUCUGCCAUCAGUGAUAAAAGAUACAGAAGUGCAGCCAGUGUUGACUGUCAGUCUGCCUGCGGUAGCUCAAGGGACCACUGUGGGGGAAAUGCCAACACAAGAAGAAACACCAACAGUGGCAGAAAUACUGGUGCCUCAGCUACAAACAACAGUGUCAAAAGAGGAAGAAACGCAAGUUGAGAUUUCCAAAGAAAAGGAUGUAAAGGUCAUGGCACCAGUUGCAGUUGACGUAACACAACCAAAGCUAGAAACGCCUAAAGCAGAAGAGACAAUCAUACAAGCAGCAGUGCCAGAACUGGAAGCACAAAUACCAGCUGUGACAUCAGCACUUGAAACAGAAACUCUGGUGGGGACAUGCGAGGAAAAGAACCUUGAUGCACAGAGUCUUGUUGUGACAUCAAUAAAAGAAGUCCUAGAAGUGGGGACCACAUUUUUGACAUCAGUAGUCAAUGAACCCCAAUUAAAAACAACUGUGAUUCCAGUGGUACGAACACCAGUAGUGGUCCCAACAAUACAAAUGCCAGAAGUGCCAACAGUGACACUAGACAUCGAAACAAAAGCUGAGACAUCUGCAUUUUAUGUUACUGCCCCAAAAACUGCAGCACCUGAGGCAACAGAAAUAAAAGUGGAAACAGCAGUAGUACCUGAAGUGGAAGUAAAGACGCCAGCUGCAUCAUCAAUGGUAACAGAGCUUAAAGUGGCACCUGUAAAAGAAGAAGAGAAGGCAGAACCAGCUACAGCUCCUAUUAUAAUCCCACUAACAGCAGCACCUGAGGUAACAGGAGUAGAAACAGCAGUAGUAACUGAAGUGGAAGUAAAGACACCAGCUGCAUCAUCAGUGGUAACCGAUCUUAAAGUGGCACCUGUAAAGGAAGAAGAGAAGGCAGAACCAGCUACAGCUCCUGUUAUAAUCCCACCAACAGUAGCACCUGAAGUAACAGGAGUAGAAACAGUAGUAGUAACUGAAAUGGAAGUAAAGACACCAGCUGCAUCAUCAGUGGUAACGGAUCUUAAAGUGGCACCUGUAAAGGAAGAAGAGAAGGCAGAACCAGCUACAGCUCCUGUUAUAAUCCCACCAACAGUAGCACCUGAAGUAACAGGAGUAGAAACAGUAGUAGUAACUGAAAUGGAAGUAAAGACACCAGCUGCAUCAUCAGUGGUAACCGAUCUUAAAGUGGCACCUGUAAAGGAAGAAGAGAAGGCAGAACCAGCAGCAGCUCCUGUUAUAGACUCAUCAACAGCAACCCCAAAGAUAACAGGAGUAGAAACAGCAGUAGUAACUGAAGUGGAAGUAAAGACACCAGCUGCAUCAUCAGUGGUAACCGAGCUUAAAGUGGCACCUGUAAAAGAAGAAAAGAAGGCAGAACCAGCAGCAGCUCCUGUUAUAAUCCCACCAACAGUAGCACCUGAAGUAACAGGAGUAGAAACAGUAGUAGUAACUGAAGUGGAAGUAAAAACACCAGCUGCAUCAUCAGUGAUAACAGAGCUUAAAGUGGCACCUAUAAAGGAAGAAGAGAGGGUAGAACCAGCAGCAGCUCCUGUUAUAGACUCAUCAACAGCAACACCAAAGGUAACAGGAGUAGAAACAGCAGUAGUAACUGAAGUGGAAGUAAAGACGCCAGCUGCAUCAUCAGUGGUAACAGAGCUUAAAGUGGCACCUGUAAAAGAAGAAGAGAAGGCAGAACCAGCAACAGCUCCUGUUAUAAUCCCACCAACAGUAGCACCAAAGGUAACAGGAGUAGAAACAGCAGUACUAACUGAAGUGGAAGUAAAGACACCAGCUGCAUCAUCAGUGGUAACCAAGCUUAAAGUGGCACCUAUAAAGGAAGAAGAGAAGGCAGAACCAGCUACAGCUCCUGUUAUAAUCCCACCAACAGUAGCACCUGAAGUAACAGGAGUAGAAACAGCAGUACUAACUGAAGUGGAAGUAAAGACACCAGCUGCAUCAUCAGUGGUAACAGAGCUUGAAAUGGCACCUGUAAAGGAAGAAGAGAAGGCAGAACCAGCAGCAGCUCCUGUUAUAAUCCCACCAACACUAGCACCAGAAGUCCAAACUCUAACAAUGGUUGAAACACCAACAAUUGUUCCAGCAGUUGAAAAGCCAACCGUGGUCCAAACACCAACCGUUGUCCCCAUGGUACAAACACUGACAGCUGACAAAACAGUAGCAGAUGCAGAAACAUCAGAAGUAAAGGAAAGAUGUAAGGAGGCAUUAGUUACAACUGAGGCUGAACCACCAGCUCUGACUGAGGCAGAAGUGAAAGUAACAGGGGCAACUAACAAGGUCACUCAGACCAUACAAAGUACUGCAGAGUCAAAAGAGGACGCAGAGAGUCUUGAAACAGUUAGCAGAGUACCAAAAGAGGUUGUUGUCUUCAUGGCGAAGACAGCCGAACCACUACCAGAUGCGGAUGAUGAUGUGUGGGAGGAUGCUGUAGAUGAUAUCAGAGUUGAUGAUUGUUCCACCGCCAAAGCAGGUGUCUGAUUGCAAGAUGGCAACGCAUAAAGCAAGAGCUUGUUGGACAGGCAAACCUUUCAAAUGAAGGUCUCUAGAGGCUAGUCUUCAAUUACUCUAUAUGGAAGCAUAAGUAUUAGUAUUACUUCUAAAGGUUGCGGGCACAUGGUACCCCACAUGAACAGCUCACCAAGCCCUAGAGGAACAAUGCAAGGUCAAAUUCUGUGAAGUAUCGCAAAGCAUGUCUACAAGAAAAAACGCAAUGCUUGACUGGCCCAAAAGAUAAUACAUUUUCCGUCCAGUCUGGAAGUAUUUUAUUUUACAAACCUGUAUGAAAACAGGGUACUAAUACCAAACCCUUGAAAUAGAGCAAUCCAGUACAACAUUUUGUCAUUUAAUAUUGUAAUCUGAUUUUGCGUCUUCAUUUUCCUGAUCACCACCCAUGAAUGUAAGGGGAACUAUCAUAUUGCAUAACAAUAUGUUUGAAUAUAUAUAUUUAACUACAUACAAUCUAAUGUCUUUUUUCACCUCACCCUCUCAUAUCAAGAAUUACAAGCCUCAC